GUGGAAGAACGUGCCUGCGUGUAUGCCUCUUAGCAGUAUGCAGUGGGAAGAUUUCUAAGCAGCGAAGCUUCUAAGCUGAUAAACUGCGAACGUGAGAAAAUGCAAAACAGCAAAACGGCAAAAGGGCAAAACUGAGAAAAUGCGAAAAUGUGAAAAUGGGAAACUGCUAAAAGCGCAAUGUGCAGAGUAGGAUAAAAUUUGAUAAAGGAGAAAACUUAAAAUUUGCGACAUACUUUCGUAUGCUUUUAGAAAGUUGAAAUUAUUUUUGGUAAAAUUUAUAAAAAUAAAAAACACAUUCGUAAUUUUUUGCGGCUUUACAAAAGUGACGCGCAAACCGAGGUGGCGCAAAUAUGAAGCUGCCUGGCGGGAGAGACGACGGGGAAAAUGAAGGCGCAAAUGAAGGCGCAAGCGCCGUUUUCGCGUACGGUGAUGGGUGUUCGCUUGUUUUGCUGAUGGGAGAUAAAAGGGAUAGGAAGGACACCCAAAAAAAGGAGUACCCCGCUAUGAAGGAGUACCUCGCGCAGAAGGAGUACCGCGCGAAGGAGUACCGCGCGAAGGAUUACCCCGCGAAGGAUUAUUCCGGUAAAAAGGAGUACACCUCGAAAAAGGCGUACACCCCGAAAAAGGAGUACACCGCGAUACGGGGGUGCGCAGUAGAAAAUGCCUACUUCGAUGAAAAGGCGUACACCGGGUGCAAAGCCAACCAAGGGGAGGAGGCCCAUAAAAACGACGCAAGCGUGGUAGAGGGUGGAAAAUCCAAGAAAAACGAAGAGAGAGUACUCGCAGGAAUGAUCAAGAUCCUUGAGGAAAUGAAAGAGAGUGAUGAUGCAUCUAAUGCUGUAGAUCCUGGGUUCAACCCAGAUGGUCAGCAGCAAAGCGCUAAGUGCGCUACGCAGGUGCAAAAUGGAGAAGAAGCUACCCGGAAUACGUACCCACGUAGAGACGACACAAAAUUGCAUGUAGGCUUGGAUUACUCCUCUUUCUACCUUGAUACCCCAUAUAAAAUUAUUAAGUGCAUGAAUAAAGGUAGCCAUUUUCUUUACUGGGGUAGUGACACACUGUGCGGCCAAAGUGACCAAGUGACAAAAGAGUUUAAAAUGAACGAAAUGAAAAAAAAUAACUGCGAGGAGUUAAGAAACAGUAGGUUCAUUUUUUUUGAUAGCCAAAAGAAACUACUCGUGCUAAGGUAUAACAUCAGGAAGAACAGCUUUAAUUACGUAAGUGACAGUGACCCUAUUUAUGUGUACUUUUAUCAAUUGCAUGAAAAAAAUUUUUUAGAUGAUAAUAUUAUUAAAGAAAAUAAAAACUCCCUUUUAAUUUACCCCUACACAUAUGUGAAAAUAUGGGAAAGCUUAACUUGCUACAUUAACGAGGAGGUCAUAAAUAAAAUUGAGCCGGUUAACAAAACCUUUUGCUCCUCCUUCUUGGAAGAAGAAGUGGAAGAAGAGAAGAAAAAAAAAAAGGGGGGUACGGAUUUGCGUAGGGAGGAAGAGAUGAAUCUGUGCAACCAGCCCUACAUGUUUUAUUCCGUGAUUCCCAGGUACCCCGCAAGUAAGACUUACCCAAAGGAGGGGAGGGUCAGCGGCGGUAGUCGGCAUAAGAAGGAAGACAACGUAGGGGUGAUCACUGCGGAGGGUGACGGGGCAAGCAGCAUCAAUAUGGGGGGUGACGGGUCAGGCGGUAUCAAUACGGAGGGUGACGGGUCAGGCGGAGCAGGCGGUAUCAAUAUGGAGGGUGACCAUCCGGUUGACCCAGAUGAACCGCCCAACGACCAUCUGGACGGGGCGAACGAGAGCUACUUCGAACGCAUCGAUGUGGACGCCAAACAUAAGAAGUAUGUGCCGUCCGACUUAACCAUCAUCCAUCUGGAGAAGUAUUGGAUUUUGAAGGAGAUAAUUCAGCAAGAAUAUACUUACGUGUAUUAUGAGAAUGAAAAGAAGGAAGGUUUUCACAAGUUUGAAAAUAAGCUUUUCUACAUUUUGGGCGAAUUUCAGUUUGCCUAUAUUCUCUUCCAUUUAGGCUUUAACUACCAGUCCUUCGUUCAGUGGCGGAAGCUGUUUGAGCUCCUCUCCAAUUCGCAGCACUUGGUGACCAACUUUGCAGGUGAGGGGGACUUCUUCGAAGAAGCCUUGAGAGUCAUUUCCAUCCACCUCAGCUACCUGAGUGAUGACUUUUUUGACAACACCGAAAACAGUUUUAUUCUUUUUGGAGUUUACAACAUAUACGAAAUAGUUAGUGGCGUGGGGGACGUGCAGGAGGGCAUAACCAACGUGAUGAAUUCCAUAGACUCUAUAAUUUACGCAAAGCUGGGGUUACAUUUGCCCGACUUGUCCUUUGUGUAUGAAGAGUUCCAGCCCACGUACGUAGAUGACGAUUAG